CAAUUAAGUUACACAUGACGCAGUCAGAGACAUUGAGAUGGACUGAACAAAAUUUCUGAUAAACAAAUAUUUUUAGAUUAAACAAAAAAAAAAAAAAUCAAAAAUGUACAGAACAAGGAAAAUAUCUAGCGGUCUAAUAAAACAAAUCAACUAUCGUUAUUCUACACAGAAAGUGACGGAUAGAAACAAACAAACUACAAAUAAAUCUGUGCCCGAAAAAAAUAUAAGUAGUGUAAAAUUUACUAAUUUGCGAAACAAGAGGCUCAGACCGUCGGAAAUAACGCUGAAGUCAGACAAAUUCAUGCGAAGAACAUUCACAAAAAUGCCGACAGCUAAGUUCUCAACCUCAUCGUUGAUGAGGAAUCAAGAACCCUGCAAGAUUAUACCCUGCAAGCCUAAAACAGAUAAUCCCUGCAAGACCAAAACGGAUAAUCCCUGCAAGACAGAAAAGAAACAGAAUCCUUGCAAGACGGAAACUAAGACAGAUUGUCCUUGCAAGGUCGAACCUUGUAAGCCUAAAGCUAAACCGGGUUGUCCAUGAAGGAUUCCAAGCAUAAAAUAUUGCUUGCACGAACAAUUCAAGAGGGCAUUUCUUGACCUUUUUUUUUAGCAGAAAAACGAAAUGAAAUAUAUUUCUUAUCGAAUAAGCUGCAAGCAAUAUAAAAUUUUGUGCAAGCUGCCUGCAAAUAAGUACCGUUGGUAAUAAUCAUCGAAAUAUUUAGUCGAGGAAAUCAUUACGAGAGGAUUAAAAGUUUUAUAACUUAAUAAAACAUAUUUAAUAGUUAA